AUGAACGAAGUUCAAGUUCACUACGACGAAUCAAGAAGCCAUAUUCUCUCCGAAAAAGCAUUGAAAGAAGGCUGGGAUACGUUUAUCUUCUACAGACAACUCAUUGCGCCCGGUAACCUCUUCGUCGGUCUCAACACCGCGGGAUAUGGCCUAAAGCGCUCAGACGUUGCGAGAUGGCUCAGUAUCUUGGCCACUAGUAUUCCUUCGAACCCGCCAGAUAUUUUCUCUUGCGACAUUCAACCUGCGGGGAUCUUGCAAUACUUACCUACCAACAUGGCAGACAAACCCGUCAGUUGGACUACGCCAGCGAACUGGACACCGGGAAACUAUGCAUUCAAAUACCUUCGUUUGGAUGAUGAUUACCUCUACAACCGCCCUCCCAAGCGAGUCGUGGACUGGUUAUGCGAUGACGACUCCGAGACGCUGACCCCGAAGGGCAUCGCACAUUCCUUCUCGAUCACACACAAAGAUUCUAAUCUCAAAACAAGUCUGAUUUACAUCCUUCCCAACGCCGGCUGGUUCAUUGACGGCAUCAACGAUAGUUCCUCAGAGAAGGCAACCGAUCGACUGAAAAAGACCGAACCACGAUCUCCUUACUAUGGAACUUAUGGAUGGAGAAGCGAUCCAGCGAACGCGAUCAUGUUACCGUCUGCGUUGGUAGAUGACUUUCAUUUGAACAAUUUUGGGUAUGACCUCGAGGUCAAUCGCUUUAUCACUUUCCGAGGUAUAUCACCUUCAUCAGAAGCUCUUCUCCAGGACUGCGAACUAAAGGUGACGACACCCGGAAAUGUAGACUGGGCAUACAUUGGACGACACUUCAGGGUAUGCUUAAGGGUACAUUGCCACUAUGGCGAUAUUUGUGCUGAACUAGGUGGUUGGAGAGAAAUUGCGGCAAGAGCCGAGAAGUGGGGUAGUGACGGGAUUCCAGAUUCGGAUCGCGAUGUUAUGGACGUCGCUAUCCGUCAAUGGAACCUACAGACUGCUGCCUACCUUAGACUCCGUUACUCUGAGGACUCCGACUCGGAGUAG